AGCCCGCCCAACUGCCUGAACACGCAAACAUCGCAGAGAUUUCCACAUUACUUCAUCAAAAAUGGCGGCAUUAGGUGAAGUCCAGCCGGGUGAACUAUCUUUCUUUGCUCCUCGAGGAUAUCAGCGGCAUGAUUGUGGUUAUUGCAAGAGUGCAGAUGGGAGUGCUAGCUAUUAUGCAUCGUCCACCUCAGUUCGUGUAGAAGAAUACGAAGAGCUUCUGAACCGAGGAUGGAGAAGAUCUGGGACUCUUUACUACAAACCAAACCUGGAGCGGUCAUGCUGCCCUCAUUAUACUAUGAGGUUAGAAGCGAGCUCGUAUAAACCUAGAAGAGACCAGAAGAAGGCUCUCAAUCGCUGGAACAAAUUUGUUCUUGGCCAGGAAUAUAUUCGGAGUGCCGCUAGACUCUGCCCUAAGACAAGAGAGGAAAAGAAAUAUCGCAGAAAUACCUUUGACUUAAGGCAACGAGUUCAUGAAGCCGAGUAUAGUCAGCUCAAGCGCCCGGUUGAUCCGAAAACAAAGAGGCCGAUAGAACCGGCCCAUAAGUUUGAAGUGAAUAUUGAGGCCGAUUCAUUGUCAUUAAUGAAGUAUAAUAUCUUCCUCAACUACCAAAUGACUGUGCACAAAGACCCGCAAGAGAGAUGGAAGCAAUCGGAUUACAAACGCUUCCUCUGUUCUGGGAUUAAGCGUAAGACAGUGAGGCAAGGUUUUAAGGAGCAGAAGCUAGGCCGGUUACCUCUGUCAAGGCUGACGUAUCACAGUUAUGAUCCACAAUACGAACAUUGGGAGAUCGGAAAACUGAGUGCCAUGAGAGAAAUCGCUUUGGCAAUUGAGGGUCAUCAUCAGUAUUACUACAUGGGAUACUACAUACACUCCUGUCCCAAAAUGCGGUAUAAAGGGGCAUUUCGGCCUCAGUACCUUUUAGACCCCGAAUCCCUUUCUUGGGACCCUCUGGAUAGCUACGUUGAGAAACUCAAUAAGCGAAGAUACGUAUCUCUAUCCCGGGACCGCAAGGUCGGCGAAGAACGAGCGAAUGAAUCUCGAGACGAUGGAUUUAUCCUCCCCGGUGAAGAAGAAAUGUCUCUAUUUGACAUCCACAUGCCCGGCGUCCUGACAUUAGAAGAAGUUCAGGCCCAGAUUGAUCUUGAUCACUGGCGUCUGCUUGUCCAUAACACUUUAGUGGAAAUGACCGACUUAGUUGCGUGGGAGAAGUCGAAUAUCAAGGAACCGCACGCAAUCAAAGGUAUAGUCGCUGAGCUUGCGGCCGCCCUGGGCCCGAAGGUGGUCAAAAACUCCGCCGUCGUGUUGUUCGCCUCUGGAUAG